AUGGCUCAGUCUAUCAAUAUUCCAUCCCCAGGAGAUACCUUGUUCGUCGAGGUUCUGCAUACCUUUCCUGGCACUACAUCGCCUGUGAAGGUCGUCGAAUUCAACAAUCAGGGAAUCACUGAAAGAGCAGUGCUGAAGCUUUACGACCGGACUCACCCUGGGCGUCUUCGCAAGUUCGCAGCCCCUUCGUUGCUAGUAGAGAGGGAAUAUCGGUCAUGGAAGACUUAUGACCCUCAAGACGCGAUUGAUUACGCCUCUUACAACCGUGAGAAUGUCGAUAUCCCGUAUAGUGUCCCUGAAAGAUUCGAAGCGGGUGUCUGGUACGAGUUUGACCGGCGCCGCAAGACCGAGUCAACGGCAUACGCGCAGCUCCAAAGUAUACAGGGCACAAAGAUACCACGUCUUUACGCAAAUGUAGGAAUUCCAUUAUCCUUUAUCGACAAAGAGUACAAGGCAACCCCCGAAGAGGAAGAGUUCCUCUAUGUUCCUGGCAUUCUUCUGCAAUACUACGAUUGCCGAAAACUCAGUGAACUCUACCUUCCCGGAAUGGCCCACGCCGAAUGGGCUGGCCUGGCUCAACGAACCGUCAAUGCGAUUGAUGACAUAAACAGAUUCGGCAUUGUUUUCAGCAACUACAAUAACAAUGCUAUAUUCAGGAGAGAGAACGACGAGCCAUAUAUCAUCGAUUUCGCUGAGGCUCUGUUCACAAAGGAUUUGAUCGAGGCUUGGAUCAAGGGACUUCGUCAAAGAAGGGGCUCAGAGGUGGCAGAUUACCCCCCUUGGCGGAUGGAUGUCGGAUAUUGGGAAAUGGUGAAGGUUUACAGGAACCCUCAAUCAUUUGCUGAAGCCUUCUUUACUCAAUUGUCGGGAUGUACACUUCCUGAUUAUCCGACGAUUAUUGCGGAAACCACGGUGAGGGCGCUGGGCGAGGGAUCUUAA